AUGCGGUUUUUCUACGACGGAUUGGAGCCCAUGUCAAGAGCCAAUUUGGAUGCGGGGGCGGGUGGUCAAUUAAUCAAGAUCCCUCAAAAUCAAGUUGAAGCCACAAUAGAAGAGGUAGCAAAGAAUUACUCUUGGGGGGGCCGAAGUAGAAACGCUCCAAAGAGAGGUGGUAUUUACGAAUUGGAGAAAUUUGAUCAAUUACAACAUCAAAUUCAUCAACUAACAAAAGGGCUUUCCAAAUUGAACACGAGUGUGAAUGCAAGUUCAAGUGGUGGAGCAAGCUCUUCUCAAACAAUCACAUUGAGGUCGGGAACUUCCUAUGAUGGUCCAAAUGAGGGGGAUAGUGAGGGAAAGAAGGGAAGAGAAGAGAGUGUGAAUGAAGACAAGAGAGGUGAGGAAGAAAAAGUUGAUGAGGUAGAAGGAAGUUCGAAGAAGAAGAAGCUUGACAACGAGAAGACAACUUCGAUUCCUAGUGAGAUUAGGAACCUUGAUGGACCGGUUCCUUUUCAAAGUAGACUUGCGGAGAGGAAGUUGAAUGACAAGUUUGCAAAGUUCCUAAGUGUGAUGAAGAACUUGCACAUCAAUCUCCCUUUUCUUGAAGUUGUGACACAAAUGCCAUCUUACUCCAAAUUCCUCAAGGACAUCCUCACCAACAAAAGGAAGCUCAAUGAUGAGCUUAUCACCCUUCCACAUCAAGUGAGUGCUCUUGUUCAACAUAAAAUGCCCAAGAAGGAAAAAGAUCUGAGGAGUUUCACUUUGCCGGUGAAAAUUGGAAAUAUGGAAGCUAGGGGUGCAUUGGCCGAUCUUGGAGCAAGUGUUAGCCUAAUCCCCUUAUCCAUUGCUCAAAAGCUCAAUAUUGAGAUGAUCCCUACAAGGAAGACAAUUCAAUUAGCCGACCGCUCGGUCAAAUUGCCUUGUGGAGAACUUGAAGAUGUUUCGAUUCAAGUGGGACACAUUUAUGUGCCUUGUGACUUUGUAGUGAUGGACAUGGAGGAAGAUGUGGACACUCCCUUGAUCUUGGGUCGUGAAGCUCUUAAAACUUUGGGGGCGGUCAUCAAUUGCAAAAACAACACCAUCACAUGUGAAGUGGCCGAUGAGAAGAUAGUCUUUGAAUUUUCUAAGUUGCUAAAGACCCCCAUGGUUGAAAAGUGCUAUAGAGUUGAUGUUGUAAGUGAGGAGUUGGACCGUUUGGGAAAGGUCAUGAUGAAGCCUCAAGAUCCAAUAGUGGAAGCUCUCACAUGCAACGAGGAGUUUCACUCUCAAGAAGCCAAAGAAUUUAUCAUGGCAAUGGAGGAAUCCUCAAAGGAGGAAGUUGAACAACAAGGCGAGAUUGAGCUUGAAUCAAUGGAGGAAAAAUCGGAGGAGAGCUCCAAGCCUCCUCCCAAGAAGAUCAUUUUUCCUAGAUUUGGGGUGCCAAGAGUCCUAAUUAGUGAUGGAGGUUCUCAUUUUGCCAAGAAGCAAUUGGAAGCUCUUCUCAAGAAGUACGACGUUCAUCACAAGGUUGGUCUACCUUACCAUCCUCAAACUCAAGGUCAAGUGGAGGUCUCGAAUCGUGAAAUCAAGAAUAUACUUGAGAGGAUGGUGUACAAAUCGAGGAAGGAUUGGUCUCUCAAGCUCAAUGACACACUUUGGGCUCUUAGGACGGCGUACAAGACUCCAAUCGGCACAACCCCUUAUAGGUUGGUCUAUGGCAAGGCUUGUCACUUGCCGGUUGAAUUGGAAUACAAGGCUUGGUGGGCUAUCAAGGAGCUUAAUAUGGAUUUGUCUUUGGCGGUGAGAAGAGAUUGUUGA